AUGUUUGAAGGAAUUAAAGGACCCAACCCAUCUGAUCUUCAAGGCCCCGAUCUUCGAAUUCUCAUUGUCCAUGCUCGCUGGAACUUGCAAGCUAUCGAGCCUCUGGUAAAGGGUGCCGUGAACAAAAUGAUCCAACAUCAUGGAGUGAAAGCAGAAAACAUCGACGUCAACAGUGUUCCCGGAAGCUGGGAAUUGCCCGUUGGCAUUCGUUCUCUCAUGGCAAGCAACCAUUAUGAUGCCGUUAUCGGUAUUGGUGUCUUAAUCAAGGGCUCCACGAUGCAUUUUGAAUACAUUUCCGAAGCUGUUGUCCAUGGUCUUAUGCGAAUUGGCCUCGACUUCAAUAUUCCUGUGAUUUUGGGACUUUUGACUGUUUUGAAUGAAGAGCAAGCCCUUUAUCGUGCCGGACUUAAUGGCGGCCAUAACCACGGUGAUGACUGGGGUUCCGCAGCAGUUGAAAUGGGUCUAAAGAAUCUUGGUAAUUAA